AUGGCGUACUAUCAUAACAUAAAUAUCUGGACAGUUAUAUUAAUUGUUAUUACUUGUGCGGAUGGAGAUCCUUAUUCAGACAAAUCCAACAGCCACGAAAAUCACUUUGGCGGACAUCAUGAGACUUUUAUAACGCGUAACAACACACGAAUCACUGCCCAGAUGGGAGGAAUGGCAAUUCUGCCGUGUACCGUUCGAUUGACAUCGCCAGCGACGGUGUCAUGGAUUCGCCGUACGGAUUAUCAGUUGUUGACAGUUGGAUUAUCGACGUACAGCAGCGAUGAGCGAUUUUUAGUUGAGCAUACGCGACACAUGGGUCACUGGGCUUUACGUAUCAAGAAUGUCCGACAGGAUGACGAAGGUUGGUACGAGUGUCAGUUAUCCGUGCAUCCCGUACAAUCAAUUUUCGUCCAGCUUAGUGUUGUAGAGGCCAUAUCGGAAAUUGUGGGUGCUCCCGAUUUACAUAUUGAUGAAGGUUCCCAAUUAAGAUUGGAGUGCAAGCUGAAACAUGCAACGGAAAAUCCAACGUAUGUCUUCUGGUACCACGAGGACCGCAUGGUAAACUACGAUACGCAAGACGGAUAUUCCGUUACGUCAUUUCAAUCACCGCUACCCGAAGAGUUAAUCAAGUCUUCAAUUAGCAGUAGUAGUAGGUUAAAUGCGUUAGAAACACUUGAGGAAACAUCAUCACUUGAGUUGUUGCCAUCGUCCUACCAUCCAACGGCAGACUUUGUGAUACAGCAUAAUAAUGUUCAGCAACAACAUCACAAUAACGGUCUACUUAUGCCAUCAACGAGCAUUCUGUCAAUUAGAGAAGUUCACUUUAAGCAUGCCGGCAAUUACACUUGUUCACCAUCCAAUGCAAGAAAUGGGACAAUCACAAUUCAUGUGCUAAGAGGUGAAAAGCCCGCAGCGAUGCAACAUGCGAAUCGUAGUUCAAUCAAUGACGAUAGUAAAUCAAAUACCAACUCAAUUAAUUGUAAAAACAUCAUUAAUUAUAAUUUGAUAAUAAUGUUAGCGGUACUACUUGUACACCACACAACGAUAGCAGGUCAUGUGAGCAGAUGA